AUGAUUGCAGCUUGGCGAACAAGUACCAGUACGGCCACAGAGCAGGGGAACUUUGCCUGGUGGCCAGUUCGGGAGGCUGUUUCGAAGUUGAAAUCGCUCUCAAAUUUAGGGCCGGCCUCUGCUAAGAAUUCAUAGCUCUCGUUGGAUAUCGAUGUGUUUCUGUGGUAAAUAUAUAAAUUUCGCCAGCUGGUCUUGGCGUUUUUAAUACUGAAACUGGAAUCAUUAUCAAAGCCAUGACAAAAACAAAGUCAAAAAAUCUGAACGGCAAAAAGCCAGAAAUAAAAAUGAAAUUAAAGACCUUCCACGAAAGGCACUGCUGCUACAUCAGGAAUCGUUCCGUCAUAUGUUGUUGAGACAGCUGCUUUUUUGCCGGCUUCUGCUCUCCUAACUCGCUUUCAUGAAAGCCAGGCCUCCUCCGUGUUACCUUCCCCACGCUUUUUGAGACUGAACGCCGCAAAGGCACGCAGACAAGGAUGCGGCGCAACGAAGGCAGAAAGGUCCACAGUAGCGAUGCGACUUCUUCUAUAGAUAUAGUACUGUUACAUGAUAAAAUCAGUCAUCUGCUUUCUUAUCACCUCUCACGUUGCAACGGGCCAGCGCCUAUGCCUCAGCGAUGAUGAGUAAGAAGGUGCUUCAGCGAUGCUGAGCAAUCGAACGAAAACGAUGCGAGACUUGACGCGUGAGCUAGCCUUGGGUGACUGUGUGCUUGUUGAUGAGGGGGCGGGGUCGCCUUGUCAGGCACAUGGAAGUUUCGUUUUUGCGAAUAGCGGCACGGCCUGUGAUCCCUGAUUCAGGAGACGAAGCAACAAGUGCUAUAACCCCUGAUCAGCCGCAGUGCCUACUCCUAGCUGGAAAGUGUCAAUUUUUAUAGGACUUGUAUGUGCGUAAGCGUAUGGACUAGGUUCUAUGCAGUAGAUGUCCGGUCAUCUAAUGCGCGCGCAUGAGAAAGUACAGGAUAAAAAGAAGACCAAACGGCAUGGAAGAGAUUAAGUACGUCCCAGGAGUACUCGCGCUACCUCUUCUAUUUCAUUUUCAAAAUAGUAAAGUGCUCAAGGACUUCUAUCGACAAGAAAGCGUGUAUGUGUAACUGAUGAAAAAGAAAGUAGUGCUGGUAGAAACUUUCAUUCCCCGCAGCCGCACAACUGAAAAUAAAGGAAUGAUCAUGCGCUAGCAUCUGUGGUGCGAACAAUCUUCGUUUUCGCUUUGGUUGUCGCAAAUACAAAUCUGUUUUCCGGGGGAAUAGCAUGAUCGUCCCCAAAGAAAAUCUUCUAGACCGCCAGUGUCAGGCUCCAAGCGAUGAUGCGUGCUAAUCUAAUCUAGAGGCUCCCCAUCCGCCAAGUCCUCCAUGUGCAUGAUAGUGAUCCGCUGAUACUUCUCAGUGAUCCGACCAUUCUUCCUUGAUCAUGUGCCAUAUCUCUACUUGAAGACGGAGCUUGAAUUAAUUACUUAUGAAAAGCGCUUGGGAGUGCCCGCCUUGGACCUCCUACGAGUAAGCACCGACUGAAGAGAAGUCAAAAUGAUACUUCUAAGGACGCUGUGUG